AUGAGCUGGAGUGGGCGCCUCUCCGCGCACACAGAGCGGGGCAGGAGGGGGAGGAGGGAGCUGCCGCCGCCGCCGCCGCAGUCGGGGAGAGCCGGCGAACUCCGGGCAAAGUUUGGUGCCGCGGGCCCGAGGCGCUGAGGCACCGGCGGGGCGGGCGAACGGAGCGGCGCGGCGCCGGGCCAGGCCAGGCCACCGCCGCCCCGGGGCCGGGCUUUGUGCUGCCCGCGGCGCGGCGGGGCCUGCGCGGAGCGGAGCGGCGGGGGGCGGCGGGGAGAGCGCGGAGCCAGCAGCGGGGCGCUGCCGGCCCUGCCGGGCGAGCCAGCAUGUCCUCCAUCCUGCCUUUCACUCCUCCCAUCGUCAAGCGGCUCCUGGGCUGGAAGAAAGGGGAGCAGAACGGGCAGGAGGAGAAAUGGUGCGAGAAGGCGGUGAAGAGCCUGGUGAAGAAGCUGAAGAAGACGGGGCAGCUGGACGAGCUGGAGAAGGCGAUCACCACGCAGAACAUCAACACCAAGUGCAUCACCAUCCCCAGAUCAUUAGAUGGCCGGCUGCAAGUAUCUCACCGGAAGGGUCUUCCCCAUGUGAUCUACUGCCGGCUGUGGCGGUGGCCGGACCUUCAUAGCCACCAUGAGCUGCGUGCCAUGGAGAUGUGCGAGUACGCCUUUAACAUGAAGAAGGAUGAAGUCUGUGUGAAUCCUUACCAUUACCAAAGAGUGGAAACCCCAGUGUUACCUCCAGUGCUGGUGCCUCGGCACACAGAGAUCCCAGCUGAGUUCCCACCGUUAGACGAUUAUAGCCACUCUAUUCCAGAGAACACUAACUUCCCAGCAGGUAUCGAGCCACAGAGCAACUACAUUCCAGAGACACCUCCUCCAGGCUAUUUGAGUGAGGAUGGAGAAACCAGUGACCACCAGAUGAACCCCAGCAUGGAUGCAGGUUCUCCAAACUUAUCACCAAACCCUAUGUCUCCAGCACAUAAUAAUCUGGAUCUGCAGCCUGUUACCUACUGCGAGCCAGCUUUCUGGUGCUCGAUAUCCUACUAUGAACUCAACCAGCGAGUGGGAGAGACUUUCCACGCCUCUCAGCCCUCUAUGACCGUGGAUGGUUUCACUGACCCGUCUAAUUCGGAACGCUUCUGCCUUGGUCUGCUCUCCAACGUCAACAGAAACGCGGCAGUGGAACUCACGAGACGACACAUUGGAAGAGGAGUAAGACUCUACUACAUUGGCGGCGAGGUGUUUGCCGAGUGCCUUAGCGACAGUGCCAUUUUUGUCCAGUCUCCCAACUGCAAUCAGCGCUACGGCUGGCACCCAGCAACAGUUUGCAAGAUCCCACCAGGAUGUAACUUGAAGAUUUUUAACAACCAGGAAUUCGCCGCUCUCUUGGCUCAGUCUGUAAAUCAGGGCUUCGAAGCCGUGUAUCAGCUGACCCGAAUGUGCACGAUUCGAAUGAGCUUUGUCAAGGGAUGGGGAGCAGAAUACAGGCGGCAGACUGUGACCAGCACUCCCUGCUGGAUUGAACUGCAUCUUAAUGGUCCUCUGCAGUGGCUGGACAAGGUCCUUACGCAAAUGGGCUCCCCGAGUAUUCGUUGUUCCAGCGUCUCCUAAGGAAACGUCUCCUGGGGGUGUGGGGGGGAAAGAAAGACUCUGGAAAAUGGAAUUGGCUUAACCCUUAGCAAAAUGCGUAGUAAACAAAUUCCCAGUUAUCGAAGCGAGGCGGAAAAAAAUCUGCUAAAAAGAAAAAAGUGGGUUUUCCUUUUUUUGUUGUUUUGUUUUUAACCUAAAUGCCCAUUUAAGCCACUUCCACUGAAACUGUUAGCACUUUGGUUACGAUGCAGUUGGAAUCUGAAGCUGAAGUUCAUCCCGACGAAAAAACCGGACUGUGUUUCAGCGGCGAGAAGCCAGCGCUCUCCCUCCCACCGUGUCGCGCCUGCCUGCGCCUGGCUCCGCGCUGUGCUGAGCGUGCGGCCGCCACCGACGGCUCAGAGGAAACUUCCCGUUUGCCUCGCACAAUUCCGGGCUCGUGUCACGGGGCAUCUUUGAAAAGCCAGGCGCCGUGAGACUUUGGGAUGACUCUUGCUCGUGCGUUCCUGUCUCCAGCCACCUGAUCCAUGCCCAUCCUCCCUGGGUUUGCAGCAGCAGGGGGAAAAGGAGGCGUUUAAAGCACACCCAAGAACUAAUUCCCCCAGUGAUGUUCCCAAAAAGGAAUGAAUUUCCCACGCUGGACUGCUGUGGAGGAGGCAGGGUCUUGCUUCAUGCCUGAGGGAUGCAGCUGACACCCCGAGGGUCUCAGACCGGACUGCCGUGAAGUGAAAGCCCAAACUUAAGGCUCCUUUUGAUAUUGCUGCAGCGACUUUCGGCCUGAGCUGCUCGCAGGCAGACUUUUGCCACGCGGGGAACUCUUGCUGGAUACGUUAAGCCGUCGUUAUUGUGCAGUCUAUUUGCAUUAACUACGGAGAGUUUCUAUUCUGUUUUCUCAGUACGUUGAACGGUAUCUGCCACUUCUGAAGUCUUAGGGGCUCAGCGGGUUCAGUGUCCGGGUCUGCUCCAGCGAUGGAAGCGAACGGGUCGAACAGGUUAUCCCCUGCUGCCACACGUGGCUGCGCAUGAACCAGGACAUCUCAGACACAAACCCCCUCUGUUUAAAACUUCUUUCAGCUGAUUAAAAUGCUCUGAGAUGUGGUUUUGCCUGGAGAAAUUGGGAGAGUGUGUAUUUACUUGUAUUAUAAAGCAUUCGUUUUAAAUAUACAUGCUCCAGACUGUUUAAUAUUUUUUUUUUUUUCCCUGCAGCAACUGUCAUGGCAAACAACUUCCACAACUGGAAAAAAACCUUAGCACUUGUUUUUACAAUUCAAAUUUGCCAAAUAAGUCCCAUAACUUUGUCAGUGCUGUCUAAUUACCUGUUUCUUUAUAUCUGCUUUGAGUAUCAUAUGCAUUUGUGCCAAAAUAUUAGAAGGGGGAGGGGAGAAAACGAUAAUCAGUUUCCUAUGGAAAUCUUUUUGUCUUUUUUUUUUUUUUUUUU